UUCCUGUGUUUGGUUAAGAAGGAAGGUCCCUGCAGCUAGGGGCGCUCACACCAUUCUGCACCUCCACGUUUAUAGCCUGGGCAUUGACAGCAUAGGGCCACUGUGCGAGGAACUUCCUGUUCCCGGUGAGGAGUAUCCAGACAGAAGUGUUCCUGUGUUUGUGUGCAGAGCAGCGAGCGGCCAGGAAGUCCUGUGUGAACAGAAUACAGAGAUUUACCUGCCUGAGGUACGGAAGAUCAUGCUGAGAUGGAGGGCAGCUGGAGAGCUGUCCUGGCUGUGCUGGUCAUCCUGGCUGGACUGACAGGGUCCGGAUGUGGCUAUCAGAUCGUAGAAGGUCCUCAGAACGCGACAGUCCUGCAGGGUGCAGAUGCUCGCUUCAACUGCACCGUGACUCACGGCUGGAAGCUCAUCAUGUGGUCCCUCAAAGGUGUCGUGGAGCUGAGUGUCACCUCUCAGGAGCCCAUCAUCACCAACAAGCGCUUCACCUCGGCCAGCUACAACUCGAGCGACAGCUUCAUUUCUGAGAUGGUCAUCCACGACGUUCAGCCCAGCGACACGGGGCCUGUGCAGUGUAGCCUGCAGAACAGCGAUGUGUUUGGAUCUGCCUUCCUGUCAGUGCAAGUCAUGGGGACCCUGGACACUCCUAGCGACAACCUUGUAGUCACUGAGGGCGAACCCUGUAACGUGACUUGCUAUGCCCUGGGUUGGACCCCUCUCCCGGAUAUUUCCUGGGAGCUUGCGGUUCCAGUAAGCCAUUCCAGCUACUCCUCCUUUCCGGAGCCCGGCAGCUCUCUGCGGGUCUUGAGUGUCCUGGAUCUCACUCCACUGGGCAAUGGCACGGUGACCUGUGUGGCCGAGCUGAAGGGCUCGCAGGCCAGCAAGUCCUUACCUGUCAACCUGACUGUGGUCCAGCCUUCACCUGACAGUGUUGGUGAGGAAGGCCCACAGCUGCCGACCUGGGCCAUCAUCCUGCUGGCAGUGGCCUUUUCCUUGCUCUUGAUCCUGAUCAUUGCUCUGAUUAUAAUAUUCUGCUGCUGUGUCUCCAGGAGAGAAAAGAAAGAAUCUACUUACCAAAAUGAAAUAAGGAAAUCCACAAACAUGAGGACAAACAAAGCAGUUCCUGAGACAAGGUUAAAAAGUGGAAAGGAAAACUACGGGUACAGUUCGGAUGAAGCGAGGGCUGCACAGAUUGCUUCUCUCCCUCCCAAGCCCGCUGAAGUCAGCCUUCCAGAACAUCACAGCAGCAGCCCUCGUUAUCAGGAACCCAGUAAACAUCGGCCCGGCCCAGCCAGUCAUCCACGGGUUUCCUUUGACCUCGCCAGUCCUCAGAAGGUCAGAAACGUAACUCUAGUGUAGUAAAGACUGCGCACGUGCACAACCAGUGCCGUGUUCCUCUGCAGCCUGAGUCUGGACCUCAGCUUCGGCCACGUGGGAGUCAUAGAACUGGCGUUUUAUAGUGACAGAAGGAACCGGUUUUCCUAUGCUCCAAGAAGAAUGUGAUUUUGAAAUGUUUCAUGGCUUUGGUGAAUUCCUUAAAGUGACUGAGCAAAACCUGAGGGUCCGUCAUGGUGAUAUUCCUCAUGGCUUGACACUCCUUCUUGCUCACCCACAGAGGGCAGAAGCGGAUUCCGCCAUGACCGUCAAGCUGUUCCUGCUGGGGAUCACGGUCAUAGAUAGUUGUGUGUGUUUUAUAGCUGGGGACGUUACUGCACGUUAUUACAGAAUCAGGAGCGUGGCAGUUGGAACUGACUGCAUCCCCUGAGUGGACUGGCAGUUUGGGGCUCAGUGGGCUGAAGCAAGUGAAGGCAAAGCCACGGUGCCUGUCUCACGUUCUCCGGCAGGCCGUCACCCCCACUGGCUCCCUUCACCCUUGCCACUGCAGUUUUGGGUGAAUUUGAUGUGGACUCUGUCUCAUAAGGGACAAAGCUCACAUUCUGCCAUCAUCAUGAAAGAGCUGGAAAGAGAGACACAUUCUUUAAUAAACAACCAGAAAGCAGA